AUUCGCGGCCCUGAAAAGACAUCUAAUGUUACGAUUACUCCGAUGCGCGUGACUGCUGUACGCGGAAGUGAAGGGCCGUUGUAAACAUUGACGAUUGUGUAAACACUGGCCGCUUGAUUAUUUGUUUGGAAGUAGGAGAACUCCGCGCUUUUGGCACCCUGUGACGGCAAGAGCCCAUCAUCUGUCGGAAAGACGAAAAUGUGGCUCAAGUAUCUGCUUACCUGCGUCACUGUGUGGAGCGUCCAGUUCGGCAACCACGGAGCUUUUGCCAAAUCGUCCCGCAGACCAAACAUCGUCCUCAUCCUCACCGACGACCUCGACAUCGCCAUGGGGGGCUUGACUUCCUUAAACAAGACCAAAAAACUCAUCGGCGACGCAGGAAUCUCCUUCACCAACGCGUUCGUGGCCAGUCCGCUGUGCUGCCCCAGCCGAGCCAGCAUCCUGACGGGCAAAUACCCGCACAACCACCGCGUCACCAACAACACGCUGGAGGGGAACUGCAGCAGCGCGGCCUGGCAGAAGAGCGAGGAGGCGCGCGCGUUCCCCGCCCUGCUUAAGAACCUCGCCGGCUACCAGACCUUUUUUGCCGGAAAAUACCUCAACCAGUACGGGCACGCGGAAGCCGGCGGGAUCGAGCACGUUCCUCUCGGCUGGAGCUACUGGGUCGGAUUGGAGAAAAAUUCAAAGUACUACAACUACACUCUAUCUGUUAACGGAAAGGCUCAGAAGCACGGAGACGACUACAGCAAAGAUUACCUCACGGAUGUGCUGGCCAACGCGUCCUUGAAGUUCCUGCAGUCCAAAUCCAGCUACGCGCCCUUCUUCAUGAUGGUGUCCACGCCGGCCCCCCACUCCCCGUGGACGGCCGCCCCUCAGUACCGGGACCGCUUCAACGGCACCCGGGCGCCCCGGGAUCCCAACUUCAACAUUCACGGCAAGGACAAACACUGGCUGAUCCGGCAGGCCAAGACGCCCAUGAGCAACUCGUCCGUGCGCUUUCUGGACGCCGCCUUCGUGAAACGGUGGCGGACGUUGCUGUCGGUGGACGACCUAGUGGAGAAGAUAGUGAGCGCCUUGCGAGCCAGGGGUGAACUGAAUGACACGUACAUCUUCUUUACCUCUGAUAACGGAUACCACACGGGUCAGUUCUCUCUUCCUCUGGACAAGCGGCAGCUGUACGAGUUUGAUAUCCGCGUUCCUCUCAUGGUGCGAGGACCCAACGUCAAAGCCGGACAGAUCAGCCAGUUCCUGGUGGCCAACGUGGACCUCGGCCCGACCUUCCUGGACGUGGCGGGAAUCGACGUGAACAAGACGCAGAUGGACGGCACCUCCUUCCUGCCCGUUCUGAACGGGCAAGUCAACGGCAGCUCUUGGAGGAGCGACAUCUUGGUGGAAUACGAAGGAGAAGGCAGCGAUAUUUCCGACCCCGCCUGUCCCCUGCUCGGGCCCGGAGUGUCGGAGUGCUUCCCAGAUUGCGUGUGCGAGGACUCGUACAACAACACGUACGCGUGCGUGCGUACGGUGGCGCCCGCGGCCAACCUGCAGUACUGCGAGUUCGACGACACCGAGGUGUUCGUGGAGGUGUACAACCUGACGGCGGACCCGUUCCAGCUCGACAACAUCGCCAAGACCAUCGACCAGGAAGUUUUGGAGAAGAUGAACCAUCGGCUGAUGAUGUUGCAGUCGUGCGCCGGGCAAACGUGCCGCACGGCCGGCGUUUACGAUGCGGGUUUCAAAUUUGAACCGCGGCAGAUGUUUAACGGGCGCGACUGGAAGUUCGGAAGACUCCGACAAAAGAUGAAGUGAAAAUGACUUCUUUUUGAGGAUGAAGGAAGGGAUUGUUGCCGCCUGCCCGCCCGCCGGCUAAAAGAGAAGCCCGAUCGGCAUGGCUCGUGGGUUCUAAUUGUGCUUUCUUUGUUGUGACGGGAGGAAAAAGAACAACAGAAAAUGUCUUACACGCAGUCUAUGUGCACAUUGAAAAAAUCAUAUACACGUGCACAGUUUAGUUGUUCUAAAAUGAAAGGUCAAUUUCCCCUUAUUAAGAGAGCAUUGAGUGUGUUGCUCGAUAAAAUUGUGAACGCAAUUAACUCUUUCGGUCCCAUUGACGAUAAUAGACGUGUAAUCAUGUGACGUCCAAUUAAGUCCUUGUGCUGGCUGUGAAAUCAAAUGAGUUUGUCACUAGUAGACGUCAUUUGCUUGGAUUGAAUGUCUAUUGCCGUCAAUGAGUUGGGAAUCGUUUUGCUACUGAGUUGGAUUCUGGAUGACUGACUGGAUUUCAUUUAGUCGAUAGCUUCUCAAACCUUUGGGGUCCACUCGUGACGUUUUCAAAAAUGACUGCUGAAUAACACCAUUCAAAAUGUUUGCUUCAUUUAUAUGUUGACAGUUUCAAAAUGAUUCAUUUGUGGACCCUGGUUUGAAAAGCAAAACUGUGAAAACGCUGCUGUCUGACUGAUUGUUCUUUUCACCCAACUGAUUCUUUUGGUUUUCCUGGAAUGUUUUAUGUCGAUCUUACGCACUUUGUCUCGUCUGUGUUCGGACGGCCACCUUUUUGUGCAAAAUAAAUCUAUUUACUCUAUGGUGCGGAC